AGUGAGUGAGUGAUUGAGAAAAAGAGAGAGCUAGAGAAAAGGGGUGGAGGGAAAAGGAGGCGAGACACGACAACAGAGUUUGGUAAUGAAGAGAGUGAGUGAGAGAGAGAAAGAGAGAGAGCCAGAGAAAGGGAGGAGGGAGAGGACUCAGCAACAGACAGAGUUUGGCUCUGGCUACAGAUAAAGGGCUUGGCUUGGUCCUUCCCAGCAGCUUCACGGGCAGGGCCUGAGGCAUGGCAAGGGGACAUGCGGGGAGGAUGAUCUGGGACGGUCGCAGCAGUCGCCUACAGGACACCAGCAGAGAAGCAGAGAAACAUUUGGACUGAUGCCACAGGCAAUCAUGCCCCUCUGAUCAACCAGCCUGCAGAAUCUACCUCCACUUCAUCUGAAGAAGAGGAUCCACUGGAUUUAUGCUAAAGCUAUCUCCAUUGAUGGGGCCAUGGUUGCCAAGCAGGGGAGACAGUGGCGGUCUAUGUGCAAAAGCCUGGUGCUGGGCACCCUGCUGACCAGCUGUAUGAUCCUGUUCUACUGUCUGUCUUCACCACAGUUUCAGUUCAACCUCAACGUACCCGAGGUUCCUGUGCCUUAUUCUUGUGCACACCACCGUCCAGCUCAAGCGCGCGGCGGCAGCAGUGCUGCUGCUGCCCCCAACUCAAACGCCUCUGAGCAUGGCGAGACCCCCUGCGUCCCCAAGGUGGAUCUCAUGUUCAUGAAGACCCACAAGACAGCCAGCAGCACCUUCCUCAACAUCCUCUUCCGCUUCGGGGAGAAGCAGCGCCUCAAGUUCGCCUUCCCCAGCAGCAGGAAUGACUUCUCCUACCCUUCCUCUUUCCACCGCUCCCAGGUGAAGGACUACAGGCCGGGCAUGUGCUUCAACAUCAUCUGCAACCACAUGCGCUUCAACGCCACCGAGGUGGCCAAAGUGCUGCCCACAGACACCACGUACAUCACAAUCCUGCGCGACCCCGCCGAGCUCUUUGAGUCCUCGUUCCACUACUUCCACAACGUGGUUCCCCUGACCUGGAAGAUCUCAGGGGAGGACAAGUUCACCGAGUUCCUCAAAGAUCCCGGACGCUACUACGACCCCGACGCCUACAACUCGUUCUACCUCAAGAACUUGCUCUUCUUCGACCUGGGCCAGGACAACAACUUGGAGCCGGACGACGCUCGGGUGGAGACGGCCAUCCGGGCCAUCGCCGAGCGCUUCCAGAUGGUGAUGCUGGUGGAGCACUUCGAGGAGUCCCUCAUCCUGCUCAAGGACGCCCUCUGCUGGGAGAUGGACGACCUGCUCUUCUUCAAGCUCAACGCCCGCAAAGACUCCACGGUGUCAAAGCUGACGCCACAGCUGAGAACCAAGGCCCUGGAGUGGAACGGCCUCGACUGGAAGCUGUACCGGCACUUCAACACCACUUUCUGGAGAAAAGUUGACGUUUAUGGGAGGGAGCGUAUGGCGCGAGACGUGGCUGAGCUGCGGCGGCGCAAUGCGGAGAUGGUGAACAUCUGCAUCGAGGGCGGGCAGGCCGUGGACGCGGGGAGCAUCGAGGAGAGCUCCAUGCAGCCGUGGCAACCCAUAGGCGAGAAGAACAUCCUGGGCUACAACCUCAAGAAGAACGUGGACAAAAAGCACCGCAAGCUCUGCCACAAGAUGCUCACGCCAGAAAUCCAGUACCUCAGUGACCUCGGGGUUAACCUUUGGCUGACCAAACUAUGGGGUCGCGUUAGAGAGAUUAUAAACUGGUAAUAAAAGAAAACUGGAGAGCAGUGGAGUGUUGAGAACACUGGGUGAGGAAGUCAAACAAGGUCCGGUAACUCUUGACGCCAGAGAUCCAGUACCUCACUGACCUCGGGGUGAAUCUUUGGCUGACCAAACUGUGGGGUCGCAUUAGAGAGAUUAUAAACUGGUAAUAAAGAGAACUGGAGAGCGUGGA